AUGGCGCGCGCAUUUGCCCUCGCCGUGGUCGCCAUCCUCCACUUGGAUCUAAGUUGUGCAAUGAAGCUACAUGACGAGGCAUCACGAGGUUCUUCGAACCGGACGGUUGCCAACUCUGAUUGCCGGGCCGGCUCAGAAAAAUUUGUGAACGUGUUGGCGAAUGAACUGGAGAAUUCCUUAGGGUAUAACGGCAUGUUCUACAAGGGAUGCCUCAACUUCGUGAAGAAGAAUGCCAACACCAGCAUGCCAAUAAUGGCUCAGAUCGAGGCCUUUGGACAGCGAUGCAAACAAGCUCUCUUCGUUGGGGAUGAGUCAGCCAUGGACAAAGUGAACCCGAAACAGCUCGAGGCAGAGUGCGAUCGCGCCAUCUACAACAUGGAGGUGCAGUUCCGCAUGCUCGGCCCAGAUUCACUCAACACACCCAAGGAGUUCUGUGCCGUGUUCAUCGACAUGGUGCUGCCCAUAGAAGAGGAGCCGGAAUGCAUGAGGUUCUUGGAAGCCGUGAGCUCCAAGCACUUUGAGUUUCUUGGCACCGCCCACUCAUGGCCGGCAGUGAUCCACCAAAAGCACUUCGACGAGGCUUUCAUGCAAGCGUGUUUGCAGGACAAGAAGUUGGAGAGUGAGGAAGAGGGAGUCGACUUGAAUUAUGGCGACGGCGCAAGGGACUGCCAGAUGAAGAUGAAUCGUGUUUCAUCGAUGCAUCUGAAGAAGAGCUACAAACAUUUGGCAGAGCUCUUCUCGGAGCUUUGUCCUCUCGUUGACAAGGAGCUACCCAACCAUGAGAAGCCAAUCCCCUUCCAGAAAACCCGGCGCACCUUGCAAACAGCACUUUUCCACCGGGCCGCGCGCCUUAAUCCGGGCGCAAACACCACCGCGCGGAAGCAAAAGAAGUCCUUCAGCGCUUUGCAGAUUCACUUGGACAAGUCCGUGUCUUCGAAGGGUGACAGUGGCCGGAGACGGCGAUCCAGGAGAAGGCGCCUGACCCACCGGCAGACCACUUGCUGUGAUCAAGCAGCUCGCAGUUAUGAGGUCGGCCUCGAGGCGUCGGCAGGCGUCGCCGUCGGCUACGCGCAUAUUGUUGCCGAAGGUUUCGAGCGCUGGAAGGGCAAUACCUGCUAUUUCCAGGUGGGGCACAUGCAUGAAGUCUGUGGUGGCCUGGAGAUGGGUGCGGGCAUCGAUGCCACGGUCAGUGCCGGUUGGUUUAAUAAGUUCAGCGACAUCCUUGGCAAGGCUUGGUUCAAGAGUGCAGGCUUAUGUUUUUUUGGCUGCGGGGGUGGUUCGCUUAUUGAAACAGAGCUCGUUGGCGGCAAGCAAAUUGGCACAGUGCUGGAGGCUGGGGGUGGCAUGGGGGUAGAGCUCUCUGCCGGACAUUGUACGUGCGAGAUGUGGCCUGCGAAGGGUGGCAGGCGCAGGGUGAAGACAUACAAGGAACUGAAUCUCAAGAAGAAGUGUCCUGCUGACGACAGCGGGUGCUUCCCAUCGGAAGCCUCCGUGCAGACUCCAACCGGUCAGAAGAGAAUGCACGAACUUCGGGUCGGGGACAAAGUCUUGGCCAUGGAUUCCACUGGCUCCUUGAUCUUCGAUGAGAUCUACUUCUUUGGACAUGCAGAGCGCAGUACAUUGGCGACCUUCGUGAGCCUGGACCUGGGCAACGUGACCUUGGAGUUGACCUCCAAGCAUUUCAUCCAGGUGUGCCAGGCAGAAGACACCCGCUGCGCAUGGGAAGAUCGGUUGAUGAUCUAUGCGGAAGAGGUACAAGUUGGGCAAAAAGUCUGGCUGAUUGUGGGAUCUGAAGCUCGCUUGUCCUCUGUAAGAUCCGUGCAAGUCGUCCCACGACUUGGUCUGUACAACCCUUACACCCUGUCCGGGAACAUCGUGGUGAAUGGCGUUCUGGCAAGUGCCCAUAGCAGUUGGCUCUUGGAUGAUUGGGCGCCACCCCAGCUGCAGAAGCAUUUGCCUGGCAUUUAUCAGGCCACCCUGUGCCCUGGGAGGUGCUUGUACUUCCUUGCUGGGGAAUGGGCAGCUGAUCUCUUAGGAGUCAACAACCCACAAACUGAGAAGCCGACCUUCAUGACCUUGGUUACCAUUGUAUCCCCGGUGCUGAUCACAUCCUUGGCUUUGUUCAUCGCGGUGAAGCGUCUGGCGCUGAAGCCUGCGAAGAUAGCAUGA